CUUAAAAAUAUAGUUCAUAACUUACUAGUUCAUCCAAUACAAGUGGAAGUUUUGUUUUGCUAAUAAAAUACUAGCUUAUUCGAUCUAACGAGCUCGUUAAUAAACUGAGCUGAGAUGUUAAUUUAACUUAUGACAAAUUAAAAUAAAUCAAACUAAACUAAACACGAGUCGAACGAACUUACAAACUUCACCUACCAGACCUAGUCAGCCGGAAGGCUGUGUCGACUCGAAUCAUUCGCUUGAUCCCUCUAUUUUACGCGAAUCACUCGGGCACAGUUCGUACGCCACGCGCCCACGUCCGGGUCCGUCCAUUCUGCUCUCACCCUCGGGUCUUGGCCAUCGGGGAAGAGCACGAGGCUCUCAACGCGUCAGCGACUCAGCGUCAUAUUUCUGAGUUCUCGCUUCUCACUUGUGCCCAGAUGCCGGCCCUUUCCUUUUCGGGAUCUCCUCGGUGACCUAGAUCGGAUGGACCCGCCGCCGGCGACGCGCGCGGCGUCCAGGCGGCGGGACCGCCGACGGCGCCUGCGGCAGCGGCAGCGCGCAGCUGCAGCCACGAAAACGAAGGUCGGUGCGGCCGUGCUGGCCGUGGAGCCGCAGAGCGCAGCAGUCACAACCCCGGUGGCUUCGAUCGGUCCUGCUGCCACGCCGGCGUCGAGGGGCAGGAAACGGCGGAGGCCUCGUAGACGGCGUGGCCGGAACGCGGGCGCGGCUGGGGUGUCGGACGAACCACCGGCUGCGUCCCCCGUUCCCGUUCCAGAUGCCCCGCAAGCAAGUUGCAAUUUGGAAGCAAUGGCAUCGCGUCUGAGCGAUAAUGUGCUGCAAACUAUGACUGAGAAGAUAAUGAGGUCAGAUAAAACAAGCAAGAGAAAUUUUCAGCACGGAAAUGAGGCGCUAAAAGAUUCUGUGGCUGAAGGUGCUGCCUGCUCUUCUCUUGCCCGUCGUGAACAUUCUACCAGAGAAAAUGGAGCCUCAAGGAGUAAGAUACUUAAGAGAUCCAAUGUAAAAUCCCCAGUUGAUAGUUGCACUGAACAAGGAACUGAUAUGGAUUAUCACAAGAUGAAGAGUGCCGAUUUGCUAGGGAACCUGGAAGAAGUGUACCAGGAAAGAACGUGUCUUGGUUACUGCUCUUCGCAGAAGUUGGAAGAAUAUUGGGAAAAUGAAAAUGUAUCUUCUCUCAACUCCAGCAGUUUACAGGCGGGAAAAAAGAGAAAGAAAAGAAGAGGCAGGAAAAAGCACAAUCGUCGCAAGAAAGCUAAUUUACAGGAUUCUCCAGCAUCAACUGCUGCUGAUAAUUCUGGUUUGGUGACGUUUUCUGAGAACUGUACUUCAGCCCUUAAACUAGAGGAACAGAGGAAGAAGCAAGAUCAGAACAAGACAUCCAUGACUAACUUACUUUUAAUCAACAAUGCAAAGAGAUCAGAACCAUUUGAUGUGAAUUUGGAAGGCGCUAUUGAAAAGAGCUGUGAACUGGCAAAGAAUAGUUUUGACAACACAUUAGAAAAUAGGUAUGAACUGGCAAAGAAUAGUUUUGACAACACCUUAGAAAAUAGGUAUGAACUGGCAAAGAGUAAUUCUGACUACAUAAAUAUGGUAAGAAAUGGAUUACAAGAGCAAGACUUAGCAUGCUUGUCAAACAGUCACAAUGUUAACUACCUGAAGCCUUCCCAUUUGGCUGAGGAAUAUACAGAAAAACUCAAACAUGUCUUUUCACUGGGAAAGUCCUUAAGGCCUCCGAAGAAAAAGCUUCUCAUCUUAGAUCUUAAUGGUUUACUUGUGGAUAUCAACGAAGACUACCACAACGCUCACAUGGCUGAUGCCAAGGUUCGAAGAAAAUUAGUAUUCCGAAGGCCUUACUGCGAUGAUUUUCUCAACUUUUGUGCUCUGAAUUUUGAGCUAGGCAUAUGGUCCUCAAGAAAAAAAGAAAAUGUUGAUUCGGUUGUUAAUAUUGUUAUGAGUGAAUUCAAACCACACCUACUGUUUUGUUGGUAUGUCCAGGACAUGUCUAAAUGCACAUUCACCGGACAUAAAACACUGGAGAAUAAGCACAAGCCAUUAGUGCUGAAGGAAUUGAGAAAACUAUGGAACGUGGAAGAACAAGAUCUUCCAUGGGAAGUGGGGGACUAUUCACCUUCGAAUACAUUACUAGUGGAUGAUUCCCCUUACAAAGCUCUGCGCAAUCCUCCGCAUACUGCCAUUUUUCCUCACUCCUACAGUUACUUAAACUGGAAUGACGAUUCGCUGGGUCCCAAUGGAGACCUUCGUGUGUAUCUGCAGAACCUAGCCGCUGCAGAUAAUGUUCAGCAUUUUGUUCGUGAUAAUCCGUUUGGUCAACCUUUCAUUACUGAGAGCGAUCCGCAUUGGAACUUCUAUGCUCAGAUUGCUGAUAGAGGGCGUGCACCCUUGACAUGUUGCGCUUGAACUCCCAAGGGUCGUGCUUUUUUCUGGGAGUUCUGUGGUUAUCCAUGAUCAAAAGAUCAUGAUCAGUAUACAGUGAUCUUCUCUGAGUAGUUUGCUUGUAUCCCUGUACUGAAGAUUACAGAGUUUCUGCUAUGGGUUUAAAUUGCAGGCUCUACGAAAGGUAUCAGACCAAAUGAAUGAAUUGUCUGACAUUAUCUCAGUCUCAAACUGUUUGCAGCCAUGCUUUUUUUUCA